AACCAACAUUACGAGUAGAGAGUUGACAAAAUUUUCAUCAGAUCUUAAAGUUUUUAAAAAAUUCACUGCUGUUUGUGACUGUAAAUCGUCAAAUUCAAAUAAUUAAUUCAAGUAAAACAAGUGCAUCAAGUGUUUAUUUAUGGUUUACAAUGUGUUUUGAUUGAAGUUAUAUACAAAUCUGUGGGAUGAACUAUCAUGUCGAACAAUUUAGAAAAAUCGAAUUCGUUUUCACAGAUUAUUAGAAACUCAACAGCCGAACAAAAAAUGGUUCCCCUAAAAGAUAAUGCGGACCUAGAGUGUUUUCUGGUCACAAAACAUUCCUGGAAAGGCAAAUACAAGCGAAUUUUGUCAAUUGGUUCAAUCGGUGUGUCAACCUAUAAUCCAGACAAAUUUGACAUCACAAAUCGAUGGAGUUAUUCCGAUAUCGUAGCCGUUGUGCCGAACAAGGCGGUGCUGCAUGAAUUUACAUUGAUUGUAAAAAAGGACAGAAAAUCGGACAACAUCAAAUUAUCGUCGGAAUUUCGGAACGACAUUCUUACGUCGAUAUUGCGGUUCUAUAAGGAUUUCGCUGACAAGCCGAAAACCAUACAGAAAUACCAAGCCUACAAACAUCACUGGUCUGGUAUCAGUCUUCCGACUGUGUUGGAAGUUACCCCAUGUUCCGUGGAUCAAUUGGAUCCCACUACGAACUCAGUGUUAGCGAGUUACAACUACAAAGACAUAAAUGGAGUCAUUGGCAUUGAAGAUUAUGAAGGUGGCAUAGUGAUUGCCUAUGGUACAUUCAGUCGAUUGCACGUAUUCAAAGCAUUGAAUCAUCACGAAAUCGUUCAGAAUGUUGUUCAAUGUGCUACGCAAUUUCUUGGAGUUGACAUUAAAGUGUUGAAGAGUCAAUUGACAUUGGAUCAUGUCGAACGAGAACGGUUCGGAAAGUAUAGUAAAGAUCAAUCACUGACGUCCAUGUCUGAGUUUACGGUUCAGAAAAUAACUCAUCGUCAUCCGGAACCGACACGACGAAUAUUGUGUUUGACCGAUGCUACGAUUUUGGAAAGAGAUCCACAGACAUACAGUGUGUGCACUCUUCAUCCACUGAUCGAAAUUUACGCCUUGAUUCGGGAUCUUGAAAACAUUCAAAUGUUUUGCGUCGAAUUCAAAAACGGCCAGGUUCGAUCGUACAUUACAAAUGACCGUGAUUCUUUGCUUGCCACCCUGUUGGAUGCAGUCCGUUCGUGUGGGAAUCAGGAUGUUCACGUACGAGUGACACGAACUCCGCGUGGCAAACGUGUGGUACCACUGAGCCACUCAGUGGACGAGGAGACCGAAGCUAAUUUACUGAAAUUGGUCAUUCACAACUUUCAGUAUCCGAUCAAACGUUUCGAGAUCAUGGAAAGAUUUAACGCAAAUAUUCCACACACUGGAUUGAAUUACAGCGUCACUCAGGAUAGUCUUUUCGCUGAGAACAAGGACAAAUUAAUUCUUGGCGCUCUGCAAGCACUGACACAAAAGGAAACGGAUACUACCGUUCCGCAGUUGAACAAUUUAGAAUUAGAGGCUUCAUUCCAUACGCUCCGACGACUGUUAGCAAGUAAAGUGGGAUUUGCCGCAUUUACGAAUUUACCCGGGUUCCGCGAAACGAUUGGACAAAAAGUGGUGAUGUCAUUGCAGAGAAAUGACCUUGCUGUAACAUAUGCUGCCAUUGACAUGAUUAACUCGUUGAUGCACUCGAUGAAUGCUGAUUACGAUUUGAAGCAGGAACAGCUAAACAAGUCCUCGUUGAUCUCAUCGAAAAACUUUUUGGAAAAACUGUUGGAUAUGUGGACCAAGCAUGUUACUCAAGGCAGUGGAGCAUUGGUUUUGUCGGCGAUGUUGGAUUUUCUAACGUUCGCCCUCUGCGUUCCUUACAGUGAAACAACCGACGGCAAGCAGUUUGAUAUCUUAUUAGAAAUGGUUGCGAGUCGUGGACGUUCACUGUUCAAAUUAUUCCAGCACUCUUCGCUUGCCAUAGUUAAAGGUGCCGGAUUAGUAUUAAGAGCUUUAAUCGAGGAAGGUGAUAGCCAAGUGGCAAAUGAUAUGCAAACAUUGGCAUUGGACGAGGCCGCACUUUGUCGUCAUUUGUUGGUGGCACUGUACACACCAGCCAAUGAUCCAACAAUGGCAACGCAUCGUCAAUUGUCCAGGCAUUUAGUGGGACUGUGGAUAACUGACAACGAAGACGCUAUGAAUCUACUUCGUCGCAUAUUCCCCUCCGGCCUGCUCAUGUUCCUAGAAUCUGAGGAUCCAGUUCCGAAAUCGAGUCAGGAGGAUGAUAAGUUAAACUUUCGUGAUAAUUUGAAAUUGGCAAUUCAACAUUCCAAUCGACAUCGAACAAACCUGAUCGAAAAGCAUUUAGAGGGCAUCAAACAUUGGGGCAUGAAUUUGAUCGAUCGCCAGGAGAAAGUCAACCAGGCAAUGAAAAAUCGUCCGAUCGUACUGCGCAAUCGACGUCAAAAGAAGAAAACCACUGAAGGUGUCGUCAAUUUACCGUUGUUCUACUAUCAAUUCUUGCAAGACCACAACAUGCCCAAUUUGAUAUGGAAUCACAAAACGCGCGAAGAACUGCGCUCCUGUUUGGAAAAUGAACUGCGACAGUUCACAUCCGAUAAGGACUUGUCCGGUAAUAUGCUGGUCGCCUGGAAUUACGAAGAAUUCGAGGUGAAUUAUCAAUGUCUGGCCGAUGAGAUUAGGAUCGGCGACUACUACAUUCGUCUCAUUCUGGAAAAAGACGAUUGGCCGCAGAAUUUAGUCAAGGAUCCGAUCGAGCUGUUCAAUGCAUUGUACCGUCGUGUCCUUUGCCGCAAUCGAGUUAACGACGAUCAAAUGACGGUCACUUCAUUACAAGCCUUGGCGAAAGUGUACAAACGUUACCACGAGGAGAUUGGAUGUUUCAGCGACACUUCAUACAUUUUGCAACUGCUCGAUAGGUGUCUUUCUCCUGCUCUGCGUGACGCUCUAUUAGGCUUGGUUCGUUGCCUAGUGUUGAACAAGUCGAAUUGUCGUCCAUUAAUUGACUCAGUCAAUUGUUUGGUUGACCUGAUAACUUUGGCUCAUUUGCACCGAGGUCGAGCCGUACCGAAUACGAAAACGAAUGUGAUAGAAGCCGGUCCCAAUAUGCAUAACUACGAAGACAAAGAUUGGUAUUACAACAUUGAAAGGAAUGAUGAAAAACCGGAGCGAUGUGGUCCGGUUACAUUCUCAGAGUUGAAAGAAUUGUACAAAAAGGGUACAAUAACUCCAAGGACUCGAUGCUGGGCAGUUGGCCUAGAUGGAUGGAGAUCGUUACAACAAAUACCUCAAUUGAAAUGGUGUCUCAUGGCCAAAGGUACACCGAUCUACAACGAAACCGAGUUGGCAUCUCACGUUCUGGAUAUUUUGAUCAAAUGCACCAGCUUUUUCCCGAGCCGUGCUCGUGACGGUAAAGCAGUACUAAUACCCGGACCGAGAUUGUCCCGUAAAAUAUCCGAGUUCAUUUGCUUGCCACACAUCGUACAAGUGUGUCUAACCCACGACCCUGGCCUACUCGAACGAGUGGCAACACUUCUUUGCCAAAUAAUGGAAGACAAUCCGGAGUUGCCAAAAGUCUACAUGACUGGCGUUUUCUACUUCAUGCUGAUGUACACCGGCAGUAACAUUCUGCCGAUCGCACGGUUCCUUAAAAUGACCCACAUGAAGCAAGCGUUCCGCAACGAAGAAACGACACAAUCGGAAAUAAUGCAUCGAAGCAUUUUAGGGCAGUUGCUGCCCGAGGCUAUGGUCUGUUUCUUGGAAAACCACAGUGCAGAGAAAUUUGCGGAAACAUUUUUGGGCGAAUUUGACACGCCCGAAGUGAUUUGGAACAGUGAAAUGCGGCGAUUGUUGAUCGAGAAAAUAUCGGCGCACAUUUGCGAUUUUACGCCGAAAUUACGUGGUCACACAAUGGCUCGCUAUCCAUACUUGGCUAUACCGGUGAUCAGCUAUCCACAAUUAGAAAACGAACUGUUUUGUCACAUCUUCUAUUUGCGACAUUUAUGUGAUACGGCGAAAUUCCCUAAUUGGCCCAUUUCCGAGCCAGUUUCGUUGCUGAGACAAACGUUGGACGCAUGGCGUAAAGAAGUGGAGAAAAAGCCGUCACAAAUGACUGUCACCCAAGCUUAUGAAGAUUUGGGAAUUGAUUUGGUCAAAUAUCCGCAUCCUGACGAGUCUUUGGUUAGGAAGACUUACUACAAACUGGCAACGAUGUAUCAUCCAGAUAAGAAUCCCAAUGGAAGGGACAUUUUCGUUAAAAUUAAUUUGGCGUACGAGUUCCUCUGCUCACGGUCCGUGUUCUCCAGCGACGGUCCCAAUCCUAACAACAUUGUGCUGAUACUACGCACCCAAAGUAUUCUCUUCGAUCGGUAUUCUGAAGAACUUCGUCCAUACAAAUACGCUGGCUAUCCUCAACUCAUCAAAACCAUUCAAAUGGAGACCCGGGACGAACAAUUAUUUUCGAAAGCAGUGCCAUUGUUGACCGCGGCUUCGGAACUGUGUUACCACACCGUGCACUGUUCAGCAUUAAAUGCAGAGGAGUUACGUCGCGAAAAUGGCAUUGAGGUUCUACUGGAAGCGUACAGUCGAUGCGUGUCGAUUAUGAGCGUAGACUCGAAUCCAUCUCAAGUUCACUAUCAAAUCAUUUCGAACAUAACCAAGUGCUUCGAAGUUGCGUGUAACUUUGAAAAUUGCAAAGCGAAAAUCAUUGAAUUGCCGCAGCUUAUCUCAGACGUGUGUCGCGUUGUCUAUUUCAAACACUCACUGUCCAUUAGUCUGGUGACUAGUUUGGCAGCGAAUAAUUACGAACUUCAAUGCAAUCUAGUGAAAUGUGGUGUUUUGUGGUCACUGUUGUUGUUCAUGUUCGAAUACGAUUACACAUUGGAUGAAAGCGGUGUCGUUACCGAUGAGAAUACCAAUCAACAAAAAAUGGCUAACAAUCUGGCCAAACUAUCGAUACUGGCUACCGUUGCCCUUGCUGGCUAUGAUAUGAAAUUACUGCUCGAUCCAACGGAUCCAUUAAAUUCAGCCAUUAAAUCACAAAGCCCGGUUAAUAAGCCAGCAGCUACUAAUUCACCACAGGGUUCACAGAAGUUGAUAAAAGGUGCACCAUUUCAAUCAACGAAUCCUCAAGCAUCGGGCUACACAACCAACGCCACCAACCUAAUUCAGAAUUCCAUGCAUUUAGUUCAAAGUCACAACGAGAAGACCAGUUUCAAGACGUACGUGGAUAUCAAUGAGAAAAACGGUGACGCGUCGGGAAGUGAGCAAAGCGAAAAUGUGUCGUCCGAAAAGGAGAAUACGGCGAGCAAGAAGAAAUUCGCAAUCAGUGGCAAUGCUAAGAACGUUGUCGUUAAGAUAAUUUUGGACAAUUUGUUGACGCAAUUCAUAUCCAGCAAAUUGGCGUUGGAUGGUGAAAAUGAGGUUUUGAAGUUGUUAACUUCGAACACCCGAAAUCCGUAUUUGAUUUGGGACAACGGGACAAGGGCUCAACUGGUGGAUUUUCUGGAGUAUCAGCGAACGAAGAGUUCGAAGGAACAGUACGAGGACAUAACCGACAUUCACAACAUUGUCAAAGACUUCACAUUCGAUGCACAAAAAGACGAGCUUCAAAUUGGUGGCAUUUACAUUCGAGUUUACAACGAGAUGCCGACGUUCCCCAUUCAAAAUGCCAAAUCGUUCGUCAUCGAUCUGCUCGAAUACUUGAAGCAAGGCUACCAAUAUCUCAUCAACAUGAAGGCGAACAGGAAGCAUAUCAUCGCAUCCGGACAAAUACUGCAACCCACACUUGCGGCAAACCAUCCGCAACGAUUGAAGCAACAACGACCCUCCGACUUUGAUGGCGUCCUCAAUGAGUACAAUCGGUCGAAGGCUCGUACACAAUUGGAACGCACUGCAUCGUCCGAUACGAUUCAGUACAAUUUUGAAUCGGAUGAGAAUGCUGUCGAACACAUUGUCAUGGUGUUGAAGUCGCUGAUAUCCGUGAUCAAGUCCAACGCCAACGUAGAAAUCCAAUGCAUCGGACAUUUCGAAAUGUUGUUCGGCUUCUUGUCGACCAAAUUGUCGGAAAGGGACCGAGAGAUCAAGUCUUUGGCACUGGAAAUCGUGUCACUGGUCUCGCGCAAUAAGGAAUGUGUCAACGAAAUAGCUGCAUGCGAAAUACUGGGACAUUUCCUGGUUUCACUACGGGAUACCGAACUGAAAGAAAUGCAGGAUCGAGUGCUGGAAACAUUGUCGGGCUUGUUAAAUGUACAAAAAAUGGUCAAAGAAGCUCAAAGCAAAGGCGCCGUUAUUUACUUGUUGGACGUGUUCGUCAAUUCACGAAAUCCUCAACUGCGUGAACAAUGUGCCGAACUGCUGGCUAAAAUGACAUCUGACAAAUUGACAGGACCGAAGGUUCGAAUAUCCGUCAGCAAAUUUGUACCGACAGUAUUUUUGGAUGCGAUGAUAGAGUCGCCGUCGAUAUCCGUUCAAAUGUUCGAAUCUACUCACGAACAUCCGGAGCUAAUUUGGAAUGACAAGACCCGAGAUCGAGUUAUCGAUUCAAUUACGGAUUCGGUUUCGAGGUUCUUCUUAUCGCAAAAAGAAAAUCCGAAAAUUCUGUGGAAGGAUUCGGAUACAAUACAAGACAUUACCACCAACGAAUUGGUCGUCUCUGGAGUGUACUUGAAAUUGUUCAUUUCGAAUCCUGGAUGGACGUUACGGAAACCGAAACAAUUCUUAUCGGAUCUGUUGGACUUUGUCGCCGAAAAUAUCAGUCGAAGUGGAUGCGAGAAAGACGUAUUGGAUACAUCAACGACAGCCUUAGUAUCCCUACUGAAUGCUCAGCCGAAUUUAGCCGAUGCAGUACCAGUUCUGGGACACAUCCCAAAGUUUUUCCGACAACUUUCUGUUCAACCAAAGAGUGCCUUACGAGUAUUAAACCAAUUAUCUCUGUCCGAAAUUUGUGUCGCCGCUAUCGCUCAAACGGAAUGCAUAAACUCGCUGAAGAAAUGCAUGGAAAAUAACAAAGAACUGACCGCUACCUCGUGUGAAACCUUGAGCCGACUAUUCAAGUGCCAGCAUGACUCAUUGAUACGUCAAUCGUUGGAAUGCAAUCUCAUUGCAUACUUGCUGAAUUUACUGAACAGCAGAAUGGAAUUUGCCGAUAAUCCAUCGAUGGUUAAGGCACAAAUUGUAUCAGCAUUGAAAGCCAUGACACACAAUUUGAAUUUCGGCGAUCAAGUGUCGCAUAUUCUUAAUUCGAAUCCCAUUUGGGCCGAGUAUCGAGAUCAGAAGCACGAUCUGUUCAUAACCGAUUCAAAUGUUCGAGGAUAUUUAACCGGCGUAAAUCCAACAGCCGGUUACCUCACCCAAGGUCCGAGCAAAAAUGUAGAGGUCAUGACAUCGCCACCUCCAAUUGAUAGAGAUGAUCCGUUGGCUAGGAAUACCGAUUGAGAAUCGGACAAAUGAAAUUAAUGGAAAACCGUACCGAUUAAUCGAAACGUAAUACUGCAUGGAAAUGAGAUUAUGGCAAGGACAGGACAAAUAUUCAAUGAUUAUGAGGGAGAGAAACAACAAAAGAAAGAAAUGGAAAAACAAUAAUAAAAAUUACAAAUAAAGUUUUUGUGAUAAUAUAUUUUAUAUAGAAAAUAAAUUGUAAGAAUAUCGUAAACGCAUCUCAUCUGUUAUCGACAGCGACGACAAUAUUCAACGCCGGCUAACACAGUCAUUUAUCGUAAAAUUGAUGGUUAAACUAACGAAGUAAAAGAUUUUGUUUCAAUAUUGAACUUGAAUCAAAAGAAGUAAUAGAUUCAACGAUAACUCUGGUGACUCAAGCUACACAAACUGAUCAAAUUCUAUUUAAUCUUUCAAUAUAAAAAAUAAAAAUCUUUUGCCUUAGUUAACAAAAGGCCCAUUAUACAAUGGAACGAUGCCGGUCGGAUUAAGCUUUGACGGUGACUUGUAAUACCCCUUCUUUAUAUGGUCCAUCUUAACAGUCUCUUUAAUCAAUGGCAUCUCGUACAUCAUCUUCGUCCAGCGACAAAGGUUAGGCAGCUCUCUCACAGCAAUCAAGUUACAUUUAAAGUGACUGUAGUACACCGGAUCGAAUCGUAUAGCGCUCGGAAAUAGUCGCACGUCCGCUUCCGUCAUAACGUCUCCACAUAAAAAUUUAUUUUCGCCCAGGAUUGCCUCUACCUUCAGCAGAGUUUCAUAGACCAGUCUGGCAUUUUCCUCGUACACUGCCUGUGCGGUAGCAAAUCCCGUUUUGUACACACCGUUAUUGAUCCCAUCGUAAAUGAUCUGAUUCAGUUCGUCGAUUCUUGGCCGCAAUGCCGCUGGGUAGAGGUCCAGUUCCGGAAUGUUAGCGAAUUCGUUAAACUCACUGUUGAGAAAGCGAACAAUUUCAGAGCUCUCGUUGUUCACAAUUGUUUUCGUCUUUUUGUCAUACAGAACGGGUACAGUGAAUCGGUCCGAAUAAUUUGGAUCGGUCUGGAAAUAGAGCUCCCUCAAAAAUGUAAAGUUGUUGAUAUGAUCCGGCGUGCAGCCGUCUUCAUUCUUAAACGUCCAUCCGUCAUUAUCCAAACACCAGUGUAGUACAGACACGCUAAUCACCGAUUGAAGACCUUUCAAAUUCCGUACGAUUAGUGUACGAUGAGCCCAAGGGCAGAUGUAGUUAACGUACAGAUGAUAACGGUUGGCUUCUGGAGGGUAUGGACCGUUUUUGCUGAUGUUGUUUCUCAUUUUCGAUUCUUGUCGAACGAAAGCACCAUGUUCGUUUGCAUUGUCGUUGAUGUUUUUAGUUGAUGACAUGGUUGCUGCC